UGGCCGGUGACUCAGCGCGCCGGGGGCGGUCAGACAAGGGCCGCGCCGGGCCCGGCGCAGGCAGAGUCCGUGCGGCGCUCGGCCGGGAAGCAGACGCGGCAGUUUCGCAGACGCAGGGAGACGCGCCGCGCCGCGCCCGGAGCAGCCCCUCGCCUGGAGCCCAUGGGACGCGGCCACUCGCCGCUCGUGACGGCGGCGCUGCUGCUGCUGAGCCUGGGGCCGGCCGCCCUGACGCCCGCGCUCCCCGCGCGCUGCCCGCCCGGCAAGUUCCUCAGCUGCGCGGACUGUGGGACGAGCCCCGAGGCGGUUUGUCUCGCGUGCCCCAGGGGCACUUUCUCCGCCACGGCCAGUGCCCAGGAGACGUGCACCAGGUGCCGCAGGUGUGAAGGAAAAUUCAAAUAUAAAAGGGAGUGUUCUCCAACAAUGGAUGCAGAAUGUGCAUGUAAGGAUGGGCAUCGCUGUAUUGGAAAAGACUGUUCUAAAUGUGUAGAAAACUGUGGAGUAGGUCAGGAACCUCUUGAAGAAGCUUGCCAGACUUGUCCCAGUGGGACAUUUAACAAUCAGACCAAUGGUCCCUGCAGACAAUGGACAAAAUGCCUUCCAGAUAAGGUCCUGGUGAAUGGGACUAAUAGGAGUGAUGUGGUUUGCGGACAAGCUUCAGAAACUAUGACUCCAUCCACCAUUUCCAUCGUAGUCUCUACCCAUGUACAAGGGAAGGAUCUUCAGGUGGUCACCGUCGGGAUCGCUGUUACUGUGGCCGUGGUGGUAUGCAUAAUGUUUCUGCUGCCUUUGUAUGUGUGCUUCAGCAUCUGCGACAAAAAGAAACUACCUGCCAUGUUCAAGAAAAUGAAUGUAACACCUGAGCAAUCGACUCAAGAGGAGGAUGCCUGCAGCUGCCGCUUUCCAGAGGAAGAACAAGGAGACUGUGAUGACUGUAGCAAAUCCAAACUAUUCAGGGAUUCCUUGGUGCAUUAGAAACUGGACUUUCUAAGGAAGCCAAUUGUGGUUUCCUUUGCUUUGAGAGCACAGGACAGGAGCCUGGUUACAUAAUUGGGGUGGGGGGGAGGAGUAGAUGCAGGUUAAGUGAAUUUUAAAACUUACCGACUGAACAAUGCAGUCGGUGGUGGAUGAAGCAGGUCUUUCUCAGUACAUCACUGUCCUACAGACAGAAGAGUUGGUCCUUUAUUUAAAAAACAAACAAAAAAACAAAAAACCUCUUUAAAAAUUAACCCUUGCCAACAUCUCAAAUUCUAACGAAACUCUCUGGGCAGCAUCUUUAAAAUGAAAGCCAACUUACUAACUUUUUUUCAUAUGGUGGGACUAAUAUUUCUAAUAUAUUAUGAUUUGCCCUAGAGACUAAAAAGCAUCAAUAAGACAGGAACCACAAGCCAGACUGGUCUUCUGUUACCUCUAGUAGGAGAUGCCUAUGCUAUAGCUUACUUAUUCAAGUUUGGGAGUGAGAAUAAUGUUCCUGAAGUUACAGACUAAACACUGAAUACAGCUAGGUACAGUGCAGGCAGCCAGCAUACAAGCUUCCACCACCUUGCUCUUUUCAUGUCUGGAACUAUAGCCCCUCCUAAUUCAUGCUCAGCUAUCACACUAAUGGGUGUGGUAUAAAAUCCUAGACUGAUACUAUUUCAACUGCCAGAAUGAACUUCUAUAUCCUGCCCUACAGAAUGCUUUCCUAUUCCAGUUUAGGUAGAAGUUAAAAGGAAUAUGGUAACUCAGGGUUGUCAAAUGCCUCAGAACACCUUUUCCGUGCUUUCCAAUAGCUGUUACAUUGAUUGGCUUUAUAGUUGGAGUGGCAACACCGGGGCCACCCCAAGUACCGCCCCUGCAACUCCCAUUGGCCAAUGGGAGCUGCAGGGGCGGCACCUGCGGACGGGGCAGCAUGCAGAGCUGCCUGUCUGUGUAGAAGCUGGAGGGGGGACAUGCCACUGCUUCUGGAAGCUGCUUGAGGUAAGCAACACCUGGAGCCUGUACCCCUGACCCCCUCCCAUGCCCCAACCCCCUGCCCUAGCCCUGAUCCCCCUCCUGCCCUCUGAACCCCUUGGUCCAAGCCUGGAGCACCCUCCUGCACCCCAAACUCUCAUCCCCAGCCCCACCCCAGGAGCCCUCCUCCCUCCUCUCCCCCAAUCCCCUCCCCCAGCCCAGAGCCCCUUCCCCCACACUGAACGCCUCAUUGCUGGACCCACCACAGACCCUGCACCCCCAGCCAGAGCCCUCAUCCCCUCCCGCACCCCAGCCCCCAAUUUCAUGAGCAUUCAUGGCCCACCAUACAAUUUCCAUACCCAGACACGGCCCUUGGGCCAAAAAGUUUGCCCACCCCUCGGCUACACUGUGACAAGCUAAUUUGAUCUGAGACCAUGUGAUUAGUGCAACUGGACUGUAUCAUCCUUUUGAUCUUAAAAUAUUACCCUCUGAUUUUUGGAUAUGUUAAAUACGGUACAUACAUUGCAGGUACAGUACAUGUAAAAUAUAACUUACUAUGUUGCUAAUUUCAUAGGUAGAACUAUGAGGUUAGAAAUACACUUUCUGAUAUGAAAAUAUCUGCCUUGAUCAGUCACUAUUGCUUUUAAUUUGAAUAAGAAUGGGAAUGUGUAUGUUUGAGUCAUGGCAUUGGCAGUGAUAGUUGUACCCUUUUACAGCACUAUAAACGUAUUUUAUAUUUUAUCAUUAAGUGUUAUUCAAAAAUAUAAUGAAAGUCAACAUGUCAUGUAAAGACUGGUUUUGGUGGGUGUGUUUUUUAAACUAGGCAAGGUACAUUCCGUCUAGCAGAUGAAUGAGAGCCCAGUCACUCUCUCCAUGCAACAUAAGCCUUAUGUAGCAGUAAUUUUUUACCAAACUCAUGCUUGCUGGUUUUGAUUAAAUUUGUAUAUAAUUGAUUACAAAGCAAAAUGUAAGAAAAGAAGAGUGGGGACUGUAGCCCUGCCUGUAAAGUUACAUAUUUACAUUUAUUUAAAUAAGAUUUAAAAAAAAAAUAAAGUAAAACUUUUCCUACA